CUGGCCACACCCUGUGAGUCUGUCUACACUGAACACACCGUGGUCUCUUCCUUCUGCACAACUAGGUUCAGAGAGGAGACGCCAUGCCCCCCAGCCUCACAGCCCUGCUGUGCCUUGGGCUGAUCGAGCACCUGAGGACCCCAGUGCAGGCAGGGACCUUCCCCAAACCCACCCUCUGGGCUGAGCCAGGCCAUGUUGCCCUGUUACGGAGCUCUGUGACUAUCUGGUGUCAGGGGACCCUGCAGGCCCAGGAGUUCCGUCUGGAUAAAGAGGGAGACCCACAGCCCUGGGCCAGACAGAAGCCACUACAUGCAGGGAACAAGGUCAACUUCUCCAUCACACACAUGACAGAGUAUGAUGCAGGGAAAUAUCACUGUUCCUAUCUCAGCCCCACUGGCUGGUCAGAGCACAGUGACCCCCUGGAGCUGGUGCUAAAAGGAUCCUACAGCAAACCCAGCCUCUCAGCCCUGCCCAGCCCUGUUGUGACCUCAGGAGGGAACGUGACUCUCCAGUGUGGCUCUGGACAAGGAUUUGACAGGUUCAUUCUGACUAAGGAAGGAGAAAACAGGCUCUCCGGGACCCUGGACUCAAAGCGACACCCCAGUGGGCAGGUCCAGGCCCUGUUCUCUGUGGGCCCUGUGACCCCCAGCCACAGGUGGACAUUCAGAUGCUAUGGCUGUUACAGGAACAGAUCCCAUGUGUGCUCACUCCCCAGUAACGACCUCAAGCUCCUGGUGUCAGGUGGCUCAGGGAAGCCCUCCCUCCUGACCCAGCAGGGCCCCAUUGUGGCCUCUGGACAGAACCUGACCCUCCAGUGUCGCUCUGACAUCGGCUAUGACAGAUUCGUUCUGUCCAAGGAAGGGGGACAGGACCUCCAUCAGAGCUCUGUCCUGCAGCCCCAGGCUGGGCUCCCUCAGGCUAAUUUCCCCUUAGGCGCUGUGAAUAGUACCCAUGGGGGCAUGUACAGGUGCUAUGGUGGACACAGCCUCUCCUCUGAGUGGUCACGCCCCAGUGACCCUCUGGACAUCCUGGUGGUAGGAUGGCUCCCUGACAAACCCUCCCUCUCAGUGCAGCCAGGCCCAUCAGUGGGCUCAGGAGAAAAGGUGACCCUGCUGUGUCAGUCAAGGAGCUGGAGGGACACUUUUUUUCUGUCCAAGGAGGGGGCAGCUGAUCCCCCUCUGAGACUGAGAUCACAGUUCCGAGCUGGGCAGCACCAAGCAGAGUUCUCCAUGGGCCCUGUGAUCUCAGCCCAUGGGGGGACCUACAGGUGCUACAGUGCAAACCACAGCAGCCCCUACCUGUUGUCACAGCCCAGUGACCCCCUGAAGCUCCUGGUCUCAGGGCUGUGUUGGGGCCCGUGGGACCAGGUCCAGGCAGGACUCCCCCCCAAACCCUCCAUCUGGGCUGACCCAGGCCCCAGGGUCAGCAAGGGGAGCCCUGUGACCAUCUGGUGUCAGGGGUCUCUGCAGGCAGAUGGCUACACCCUGUAUAAAGAGAGGGGCUCUCAGCCUUUGGAUACAAGGAUCCCACAGACCUCCAGCAACAAGACCGGGUUCCUCAUUCAGUCCAUGAGCUCACAGAACACAGGGCUAUACCAGUGUGCAUACAGCACUGGGGACAUGCUGUCUGAGAGGAGUGAGCCCCUGCUCCUGGUGAUGACAGGAGAGCACAGUGCACCCUCCCUCUCAGCCCAGCCAGGCCCGGUGGUGAACUCAGGAGGGAACGUGUCCCUCUUGUGCAGCUCACAGUCCCCAUUGGACACUUUCCACCUGUUCAAGGAGGGAGGAGCUGAGCAACUCCAACACAGGAAAUCGGACCAGAGAUCCUAUGCUGGGACACGGCAGGCUGUCUUCCCUGUGGGCCCAGUGAGCUUCUCCCAUGGGGGGACCUACAGAUGCUAUGGUUCCUCCAGCUCCAACCCCAAUGUGUGGUCACAGCCCAGUGCCCCUCUGCACCUCGAGGUCACAGGUGUGUACAGGGAGCCCUACCUCUCAGCCCAGCCAGGCUCCCUGCUGCUGCCUGGAGACAACCUGACACUCCAGUGUUGCUCAGAGCCCGGCUUUGACAGAUUUGCUCUGACCAAGGGUGAGGGCCUGACACUCCUCCAGCGUCUCUAUGGGCAGCACAGCCCCGACUUCCCCCUGGGCCCUGUGAACCUCACCCAUGGGGGCCGCUAUAGGUGCUACAGUGGUCACAACCUCUCCUAUGUGUGGUCAGCCCCCAGCACCCCCCUGGACAUCCUGAUUGCAGGAAUGUAUGGGAAACCCUCCCUCUCAGCCCAGCCAGGACCCUCAGUGCCCUGGGGAGCGAACAUGACCCUGCAGUGUCACUCUGAGGUCAGGGCUGACACCUUCCACCUGCACAGGGAGGGGUCCCUGGAUCCUCCCCAGUGGCUUCAUCUACAAGACUCGGCUGGCCCCUCUCAGGUCAACUUCACCAUCAGCCCUGUGACCUGGGGCCACCAUGGGACCUAUAGGUGCUACAGCUCAAACAGCUCCUCCCACUUCCAGCUGUCACAGCCCAGUGACCCCGUGGAGCUUGUGGUCUCAGUGCCCACAUCCUCCUCCCAGAACUACACAGUGGAGAACCUCAUCCGCUUGGGUGUGUCUGCCUUGAUCCUUGUGGUCCUUGGGGUGCUGUUGUUUGAAGCUUGGCACAGUUGGAGAAGACCCCACGAUGCUGCCAGCAGCUGAACACAGGGGACAACAAACCCACCAGUCAGCGAGGUGGAGCCUGGAGAAGAGUCUGAUGAUCCCAGGAAGCCCUGGAAGAAACUGUGGGCACCCGUGGGAAAGAGUCUGCUGAGAAUGUGGAGGGUGUGGGCCUGGUUCCCAUGCAGGCAGAGAUGGAGCUGGUGCUGCAGA